GUAAUUCGCGCAGGUCUCUUUUGUUUGAAAUUGUCAGCCUAAUUUUUAAUAGUUUUUGCAAUAUUCAAAUAAAUGCGUCUGCGUCAAACUUGCUGACUCCUUGGUUGCUAGCAUCUUACCCAUCACCUUAGAUACUCCUAUGAAUCGCAAAUGGAUGCCAAAAGCUGAUACUACAACUUGGACUCCUUUGGAAUUCAUUUCCGAACUCUUCUGGAAAUGGUCACAAAAACAAGAAAGACCCAUCAAUGGCAGUCUCUUACAGUUAGUAACCAAAGAUAACAAGACAGAAGUUAUUCCUGCCAAAUUGACAAAUUAAGAUGCUCCAACGAAAUCUCAUGAAAUGAAAGUAAAAGUGCGCAUGACAAUACUUAUUUUUU